UACGUGGCGUGGCUUUAACUGAAAUAUCAAGCUAUAAAUUUCCAAGAUCGAAAUAACAGCUAUUAUACUAUGUACUUGUAUUUGAAUACAUAUUUGAAAUUACUUCUCAGACAGAGAGUACAACAAAAACUUUAGAGGUUUUUAAUUGUUAUAUUUAGAGAUUUACGUUAGGUGGUCCUAGUAUAGGAGGAACAUUCUGUAGAAGUUUGCAUCACUGCCACCAGUCCGAAUUUCGAGGUCUGGCUUUUCCGAUUCCGGGUUAACCCACACGAACUACCUACUAGUUAAAUCAUAAUAAAGAAGUACAAAGUAUUUGUGAGUUGGAAUGAAAACUUUUAACGUACUCUAACCAGUUUAAUAUAAUAUGAAGACAUCACGUAUAUAUAAAAUUUUAAUUAAACAUUUACAGAAAUAACGAUGUGUGGACGUACCGGUCUAUCACUCCACAGAGAUCAAGUUUGUUGUGCUUGCAGCUUCUUGGAAAAGAAGUUGAAUAGAUUUAUUAAACCCGAUUAUCUUAAUGAAUAUAACAAUGGCAAAGAGUAUACACCAUCUUACAAUAUAGCACCGACAGAUGUUACUCCCAUUUUAAUUUCGGCGAGUAAAUUUAAGAAUGCUGCCCAAACAAGUAGAAUCAUUAAACCUAUGAUGUGGGGAAUAAUACCACCAUGGCAUAAGGGUGACUACAAAAAACACAAUUUAAGCACAAAUAAUUGCCGCAUAGAGAAUAUAAAAAGUUCAUCACUAUAUAAUCCAAUAUUCCGUGGUGGUGGUAGAUGUAUAAUUGUAGUAGAAGGAUUUUAUGAAUGGCAAACUUCUGAGAAGACAAAAAAUAAACAACCAUACUAUAUAUAUAUGAAACAACAUCCAAAUUUAAAGGUGACUGACCAAACAACUUGGUCAAACAACUUCAAUGAAAAUGAAGGAUGGACAGGAAUUAAACUUAUGUACAUAGCUGGUCUAUAUCAUGUCUGGAGAGAUGAAAAUGUGGUCAUAUAUUCUUAUUCAGUAAUCACAAUGGAAUCUAAUGAAACACUCCGUUGGCUACAUCAUAGAAUGCCAGCCAUUUUAAAUAAUGAAGAUCAAAUAAAUGCUUGGCUCGACAUUGAUAAUGUAAAUGCAGACAUGGCUUUGGAGUACUUAAAAUCUAUGAACAUACUAGAGUGGCAUCCAGUUUCCAACAUGGUUAAUAAUUCUAAAAAUAAAUCUGCUGAUUGUAAUAAAAUUAUAAAUCGAGAAAAAGCAAAAUCUUCACAGAAAACUCUAACAUCCUGGUUUUCAACAAAUAAACGAAAGUUAAGUGAAUUUGAGGAAAAAAAAUCAAAAAAGGUUAAGUUUUAAAUAAAAGAAAUUCAUUAACAAGUGUUAUUUAUUCAUAUUAAUAUUUAUU